AUGCAAGUUUAUGUUAUAGGGAUGGCACAAGAUAAAUUAUUUAUAUUCUGGAAAUUAAGACCAGUCAGUUUAAAAAGUUAUACACAAUUUUUCGUAGAGGAUGCAGUUCGUUCAAGCAACAAAUAUAAUUUCCGAGUAAUUCAAUAUCGUCUUUUUAAAUAUUUGAUAAUUAUUCAACAUAAUGACCGUCAAAUGUUAAAAUCAUUAAGCGCUGUUAAACCUUUGAAGAAGAAAAUACAGAGAGAAAAAUAA